GACCAGUCGACGUCGCGGAUACGACUCUUGGUCUCCUCCCCUUCCUCUGCGAGGAGCUUUUCAAAAUCCGCUACCAGCACAAGAGGAUGCUUCAUGCUUCCGCGGACACAAGGCAGUAGUGGCGAAACAACAUCGCUAGUGUCCCGGAAAAAAAGAGUCGUGUGAGAAACGCCGCCGCCUCCUCCCUUUCCCUAAAACCAGGUUUAAUCCGCACUGAAGAGGAUUUAAGGACCAACAACUUCCUUCAUGGUGAAAUGUUGUAAAAAGUUUGAUUUUUCCACUUAUCCACGCAUCUCCCAAUCUCGGUCCAGGCGCAGUCUGGAGCUCAGCCUAUUUGGGCGCGGGGAUGGACUCGGAGCCGGACCAGUACGAGGAGCAGCUGAAGGAGGUGUUCGACGGCUUCGACGCCAGCGGCGCCGGCGCUCUGAGCCCUGACGAGCUGGCGGCCCUCUGCUAUUCGCUGCAGCUCGGUGAGGCCACGCCCACCCUGCUCGGCACGCUCCUGCAGGACCAGGACCAGGACCAGGACCAGGACCAGGACGGGAGCGGACCCUCCAUACGGGUCGACUUCCACCAGUUCAAGAACGCGCUGAUCCAGGUCCUCUCCUCCGCCAUGGCUAGCUCACCCACCCAGUGCCCCCACACAGCACCUGUACCCCCUCCCCCAGCAGACUCUCCGGAGAUCCAGCCCAAGUUCAUGAAGGGCAGCAAGCGUUACGGCCGUCGCUCCACCCCCGAGUUCUCGGAGCCUCUUCUGGAUUACUCCCAGGCCUCUUCGAGUCGGAAUGCUGUGGAGGAGAACGCCGGGGACGACGACGAAGACGAGGAGUCCGCCGUUCCGAGGAAGCGGGAGCGCUGUGACCCAGUGCAUGAAACCAGCAUGGAGGAGUACGAGGCUGAAGGCACGAUGACCCUGUGGAACCCCGACGAGCCCAUGACCCCGCGGGGGUCCGUGUCCGGGGGGCCCCUGUCCCUGCACCUGGAGCUCCGGCUCCAGGAGGCCUGCGGCGACCUGGGCCUGCCCGCCGACGGCCCCGCCGGCCUGGCUGACCUGCUGGGCCUCGCUGACCGCCUGGGACUGGAGGUAACGGGGGGCGUGAUCCAGAGUGUGCGGGAGGCGGGGGGGGAGGUGAACGUGAGGGAGUUUGUGGGCAGGGUGGUGGCACACGGCCAGCCGCCCACACCCUCCUCCUCCACCCCCUACCGACAGCUGAAGAGACUCCACUCCACCCAGCCCUUUGACGAGGCGGGCCGGCGUAUGACCAUGCCCUCGUUGAUGACCAGCUCCAUCGGCCUGCGUCUCUUCUCCACGCUGGACGACGGGACAGGCCACGCCCCCGUGGAGAACCUGCUGGACGCCUGGUUGGGCGAGGGCAUCGAGAACACGUCCGAUAUCCUCAAGGCUCUGGACUUCAGCCUGGAGGGCCGGGUGAACCUGGGCCAGCUGACCUCUGCCCUGGAGAACGAGCUGCUGGUCACCAGGAACGGCCUCCACCAGGCCGCCCUGGCCAGCUUCAAGGCCGAGAUCAGACACCUGCUGGAGCGCCUGGACCUGGAGCUCCAAGAGAAGGAGAGGCUCCUGCUGGACCUGGAGAUGGCCGAGAGGCUGAAGAGCCAGCUGGCUGCUGAGGUGGACGAGAACCACGCCAGCAUCGAGCACUCGCACCACCUCAACCUCAGGAAGCUGGAGCAGGAGCACAAGGAGAAGCUGGGGGCGGUGCGGUCGGACCUGCUGACGGAGUUGGACCAGAUCCAGCAGCAGGCCAGCCUGCAGAGGGAGGAGCUGGAGGCGGAGCUGGAGAAGACCAGGGCGGACGAGUCCUUCAUGAGGGACCACCUGUCCGUCUCCAUCAAGGAGAACCGGCGUCUCGAGUCUGAGGUUCUGGAGGGGAGCGAGAAGCUAGCAACGGCCCAGGUCCAGAUCUCCAAGCUCCAGGCCAGCUUGGAGAACGUCCUCCGAGAGAAGAUGGGCGACCUGGACCCUGGGGGUGCUGAGCUGUUGCAGCAGGAGGAGCGAUUCAGACAGCUGUGUAGCGGCUAUGAGGCUCAGUGCAGAGAGCUGCAGGACCGUAUCGAUGAGCUGCAGGCGGAGCAGGCCCUGCAGCGCCUGGGCAGGCGGUCCCAGGCCUGCAGCCAGCCGCUGGCCGACCACAUGGAGCCGGAGUCCCAGAGCCCGGGCAUGGAGUCGGACCCAGGGCUGGGCACGGAGGAGGGCCAGCCCUUCAACAUGAGCCUGGAGGCGGAGUUGAUGCUGGAGCAGCUGAAGGAGCAGCACAGUCGGCGGGUGGAGGACCUGCAGGCCCAGCUGGAGAGCAAGAUCCAGGAGCUGGACCGGAGGGUGGAGGAGGAGCGGACGGCCCACCAGGGCCAGCAGGCCUCCACCUCCUCCCAGCACCAGGAGGAGGUGGAGGCCCUCGGGGAGCAGAUGGCCCGCCUCCAGGCCCAGGCCGGGGUCUUCCAGGGCCAGCUGGAGCAGGCCGCGCUGGAGCGGGACGGGCUGGAGAGGAGGCAGGCGGAGGAGAAGGAGCGGCUGGAGCUGCGGCAGGAGGAGGAGGUGGCCGCCCUUCGGCAGCGCCUCCUGGCGGCCCACACCCAGGCCUCGGACCUGGAGGAGCAGCUGGCGGCGGCGCUGGAGGAGGCGCGGCGGGCGGAGGAGGAGGUGGUGGAGGAGCUGAGGAGACGCCACGCCCGGGAGCUGAGGCUCCUCCAGGAGGCGCAGGAGGCGCGGCUGGAGGAGGAGAGGAGGCGAACGCGGGCGGCGGUGCGGCUGCUGGAGGAGACGGCGCGGGAGGAGAAGGAGCGGCGGCGCCUGGACCACGAGGAGGAGCUGGGCGCCCGGCUGGAGGAGGCGCGGCUGAGGUCCGAGGAGGAGAAGGAGGCGCUGGGGGAGAGGCUCGCCGAGGAGUGGCGCAGCGCGAGGGCCGCUCUGGAGGAGCAGAGCGACCGGACCCUGCAGGAGGUGCUGGAGGCGGGCAUGCUGCGGCUGGUCAAGGAGCAGGAGGAGAAGGAGAGCCGGCAGAGGGCGGCCUGGGAGGAGGAGCGCGGCCGGCUCCAGAGGUCCCAGGAGGAGGCGCUCCUCGCCGUGUUGGCCAAGGAGCGCCUGAAGCUCCAGGAGCAGCAGGAGCAGAGGGAGAGGAGGAUGAGGGAGGCGUGGGGGGAGGAGAAGCUGCAGCUGGAGGAGGACUACGAGGGGAUGCUGCAGGAGAGGCUGAAGGAGGAGAGGGAGAAGGCGGAGGAGGGGAAGGAGGAGGAGGAGGAGCGCUUCGAGAGGAUGCUGAAGGAGGAGACCUCUCGGCUGGAGGAGCGGCACAGGGAGGCGCUGAAGGAGCUGAGCGCCCGCCACGGGGAGGAGCGCGAGGAGCUGGGCGGCGCCUUGGACCGGCUGCGGGAGGAGGUCGUCCAGGAGAGAUCUGAAGUCGGUCGACUCGAGGAAGAAAACGUAAACCUCAGUCAGAAGAUCACAUUGCUGAAGGACGAGGACCUGAAAGGGGCCAACGUAGACCUUCGGCAACAGCUGGAAGACUUCCAGAAAGAGAAGACUGAAGCUGAGAAUAUUGCGGAGGAAUUUCAGAAACAGAUCUCAGACCUGCGUUCCCGCGGCGACCAUCUGCAGGAGGACAACGCGCUGCUGUCCCAGGAGAACGUCCUGCUGUCCCAGGAGAACGUCCAGAACUCUGCGGACGUGGAGGAGAUCAGCCAGCAGCUCGCUGAGCUCAUCCAGGAGAACGAGAGGAGAGAGGCCGCGCCCGCCAAGGAGGGGACCAGGGCGGAUGUGAUGGAGGAGCAGCUCAGCCAGCUGCUGAAGGAGCGCAGGACUCUGGACAAAGAGACCCAGGCGCUGCGCAGCCAGCUGGCCAGAGCUCAGGAGAAGGUGGAGACGCUGGACGGAGCGGUCCAGACCUCCACCCUCCAGGCCUCCCGUCUGAAGGCCGACCUGCGCUUCACCCAGCGGGAGGAGGACGCCCUGCGGCAGGAGGUGGUCUCCCUGCACAAGCAGCUGCAGAACGCCCACAACAAGGUCCAGAUCCUGGAGCUGGCCUACACUGGAGGGUUCCAGGAGCACCAGAAGCUGCACCGCGAGGAGCUGACCCGGCUCCAGGAGCAGGAGGAGCAGCUGCUGAGGCAGGAGAACCAGAGGCUGCAGGUGGAGCUGCUCCACUGCAGGGGCGACCUGGGGCACCUCAGAGACAAGGUACGCACGCUGGAGAGCUCCAUGGUGUCCCUGAAGCAGCAGAACCACGGGGGUCUGGUCACGGUCCUGGAGCAGGAGAACUCCUCCCUGAAGAGGCAGCUGGAGGGGAAGAAGAACCUGAGCGAGAGCGGUGGAGGAGAAGGAGAGUCUUACGGAGAGCUGGAGAGUCUCCGCCAAGAGAACGAGGUUCUGAAGGCCCAGACGGCCCGUCUGUCCACCCAGCUGAUAGAGGCCUUCCAGGCCCAGCUGGUGGGUCUGCUGCCCGGGUCUCCUCACCGGGCUCAGAGAGGACCCCCCCGGGGGGAGGACCCCGACCACAUGCAGGAAGAGAGGGAGAGGAAGAUGAAGAAAAUGGAGGAGCGAAUGAGGGAGAUUGAGCUGACUCUGCACAACGUGAAGCUCCUCCUCAGAGAAAAGGUGGCUCAACUAAAGGAUCAGCUCCGUAAGAACGGCCGCGCAGACGUGCUGAUCCAGGACCUGUACGUGGAGAACGGCCACCUGCUGAAGGCCCUGAAGCACACAGAGCAGCAGCAGCACAUGGUGGAGAAGAAGAACUACCUGCUGGAGCAGAAGAUCUCCAGCCUGGGCAAGAUCAUGCGGGAACUAGGCCCCGCCCAGCCGUCCCCGGCCAGCUACCACUCCAAGUGCUCCUGAACCCGACCGCUCUCCUUCCGGUCAGGAAGGGGUGCUGAGGCGGCCAUUUUGAGUGUCUUGUGCGUUGUCUGACCCAUGGGUUAAGCACUUUAACUGAAGCGACCAUGUAAUAUGUGGAAGUGUGUGCAGCCGUUGGACCUCUAAUAGAGAAUGCCAAUGAAGUGCUAUACCUUUUUUUUUUUAUAUCCAGUAUUAUUGUUUUUUUUUACAUUUUUUUAUUAACUUUUAAGAACAUUGUUUGACUUUGCUUGAAAUGCCAAAGCCAUGAGCACAUUAUCGAUGACAAACUGCCUUACAUUAAUCAUCAUCUUAAUGUCUACUUUUCUUCUUUUUUUUCGUGUCAUGGGUUUUGUGCCCGCCUGCCAACGUCAUCCCAAAGCAGGGACCACCAGAAUGUCAUGCGGGAGCCCACCGGUUGGGGUCACUGUUUACCCAGAAGCCAUCACGUUUGGCGCGGUAUAAAUAAUAAGCAAAAGAUUCUCUAAAAGGUGAAAUAACUAGCAUUUCUCAUAUGCAGUCUAGCGUUUAUCAAAGGAAUGCAGUCUCUACAGGAAGGGCCCUAUGGGUCAAGGGUCACGACCCCACCGUUUGAAAACCACGGUCUUAAAUCUUGGUAGCAUUUCCCUUUUCUUUACAAAUUGUUUUCCCAUGUGGUCACGCCUUGCAUUUCUUCACCAUUCAGGGCCAAAUAGCUUCAAGCUGGUUGCCAACAAGAGAUAUGGCUUGGUUGGACCAAAUCCAGCAUAUGUUUUUAAUGUUUAAAAACGUGAACUCUUCUGAAUGUGUAAACAACACUAUUUAUUUUCACUGUGAGAAUAGGCUUCCUAUUUGACCAAAGUGCACUUUCUAAGCUGUACAGUGUUAUUUGUGCUACAGCAUGUGUCAUAUACUUUGAAGUAUUUUUGUUCUUUCUGCCUGAUAGAUGAGACAUUUGAAAUAUGUCAGCCUGUCUUCCCUGAGAUAAUAUUGACACUAAUAUGAGAACAGACAAGAAAACCAGUUUGACAUGUAAAAUAUGAUGGAAGCCGAAUAGUCCUGUCAUCUUUUGACUGUAUGGAAUAACUUAAUGUUAUGUGACAUUUACUUUCAAUGUUUGUCAGGGUGUAAUUAUGCCUAUACAAACCGCAUUGAAGGCCUGUUAUUUUUCAAGAAUAUAUGGCCUUUGCCUGUAUAUAUAGGACUAUAAUGGACUGAGUGUCUCUAUUUAUGAAGAAUGCACUAAAGGUAAAUACAGGGGAGAAAAUGUAUUUCUGCAAUAAAUAAUUUUGUCAAACAAAUUGA